AUGUCGCGGUCGAAUGACCCAGGGCACUACUUCCAGACCACCUCUUCGCUCAACGAGACAUCGCGCAAAGCCGCCAAGUCGAAGAACGACCAUGGCGCCCCGCUCAGGCUCCCGUCCAAGAUCCUCGCCGUCGUCCCGGAUCCGCACGAUGAGGAGCAGAUAUACGUCGCCGAGGCUGCCGGCAACGUGAAGCGGAUCAACCUUGAAACUAGAAAGGUAUCGGCAACGUUGGCUGGGCCUGUUGCCCCGCUCACAUCGCUGGCUGUCUCGCCAAGAUCGGAUACCGUGUACGCUGGAUGCUGGGACAAGUCGGUCUGGUCAUGGACACUGUCCACGCGAAAGCUGGCCACGCGGUUCCAAGGCCACACCGACUUCGUCAAGGCCGUCUUGCCCUUCACCCUGCAAGGCAAGGAGAUUCUAGUCUCCGCUUCGGCAGACGCAAGCAUCAUCGUUUGGGACGCAGCCACCGGCAACAAGCUGCACACGCUGAAGGGACACACACGGGGGAUCCUUGCGCUCGCACUCGACUUCACCGCCUAUGAAGCGAACAAACACUCGGCAACGGUCUUCAGUGCUGGCAGCGACCGAGAGAUACGACGUUGGUCCAUUGGCUUUGACUCGGCUUCGGAGAUGGAGUCCUCGCCACUCAUUGCACAUGAGACCAGCAUUGACGCCCUACACUUCGACUCGGACGGAGACCUCUGGACAGCUUCUGCGGACAAAACCGCAAAGUGUCUCUCCAGGGGCAGAAAUUGGGAAGAUGACUCGGCGUUCGAACACCCCGACUUUGUGCGCGACGUAGCUGUAGACGAGGAUGGCGGCUGGGUCGUCACAGCAUGCAGAGAUGAGGAGGUUCGCGUAUGGGAAAAGAGCAGUGGCAAGCUGCAUCAUACCUUUUCCGGCCACUUCGAAGAAGUCACUGCGCUGGUCCUGUUGCCUGGCCAGAGGCUGGUCAGUGUGAGCAUCGACGCAACAGUCCGGCAGUGGAGCCUUGAGGCGCACAAGCUCGCCAGGGCAGUCAAGGAAGCUGAAGACGAACAGCUCGGUAAGACAAAGGAGAUGGAGCCAGAGAAGAAGGAGGGCAUGAUGACUGCCGAAGAGGAAGCAGAAUUGGCCGAACUGAUGGAAGAUAGCGACUAG